AUGGGUUCAACAAUUCCAGCCCUGUCGGAUUUGAACGGUCCUACAUAUGUUACAGCCCAGACGCUCAUCCAGCAAGUCGCAUACUUGCUGAGUGACAAGAUCUUCUCCUACUCGCCAGAGACCUUCGAUCUUGAUGCCGCUCUCAAGCAAUGGACUGCGCAGGGUGAGACCAACGCCAAUGCCGAGUCUCCCGCCGUCAAGGCUCUCGAAACCCGCCAGGGUGCCGGUAACUUGGCCCUGGGUUACCUCUUCUCCCAGGACUUUGACUUGAAGAAGCGCCACAUUCCCCAGGGUAUCGUUGCUUCUUCGGCAACUCUUCCUUAUAUGCGCACCGCAUUGGAGCAGCUCUCUCUGCUCUACUCUAUCGCUAGCCCCGUCGCCGCACACGUCGCCGCUGUUGACUACGCUGGUGAGGAUGGCCUCGUCUCCGACUAUGCCUCGGCUCUUUCCCUGACCGAGGAGCUCGGUUUGGGUCUGGUCUCCAGUGCUUCUGUCCACGAGUCCCAGCACAUGGCCCUUUUCGCAACCUUGCUCUCCACGGUUCUUCCCUCUGUCCACAUCUAUGAUGGCGUGCGUGUUGGUCGUGAUACUACCCGUGUCAUUGAUGUUCUCGACAAGGAGGGUCUGACUCGCACUUACGAGAAUGUCCGCAAGACCCUCGACGAUUCCCGCACCCGUCACCUCGAUGCACAGGGCAAGGUCCUUGAUCUGCUGAAGACACUGAACGGCGAACUCGGAACCGAAUACGGUGCUUUCGAGUACCACGGUCACUCUGAGCCCACCUCUGUGCUGGUCGCCUUUGGCACCGUCGAGGCUACUCUCACUGCUCAGAUCGCACGCUCCCUCGCAAAGGAUGGUGUCCGUGUCGGUGUUGUCAAUGUCCGCGUGUACCGCCCCUUCAUCGAGGAGGAGUUCCUGCGUGUUCUUCCCCAGUCUACCAAGACCGUCGCAGUUCUUGGCCAGGUCGUUUCUGAGCAGGCUGUUCAGGAAGAGGGCAUUCACUCUGCUCUCUACGAGGAUGUUCUUGCAUCUUUGACUUUUGCCACUGGCCGUGAACACAAUCCGGCUUGCGUUGAGAUCAAGUACCCCCGCUCCCAGCGCUGGGAUCUCAUCUCUACCGCCGCUGCAUUCCAGCGUGUUUACGACCAGCCUAUCCUCACCGUCGGUGGAGAGACCAACGCUUCUUUGCAGUUGAUCGAUCCUGCUUCCGUGCAGGAAUACACCUUCUGGGAUGUUGACACCUCGGUAACCGAAUCCGCCGCUCACACUUUGGGCCAGGCUCUUGGUGCUGAUUCUGCCAGCAACGUCACCACCAGCAAGUCUCACGACAACUUGGUUCAGGGCGGUGCUAUCCGCGUGGACAUCCGCAAGAGCGCCAAGAUUGUCGACGCACCUUACGCGGUCACUGCUGCUGAUGUCUCCUACGUUGGCAGCAUUGCGUUGUUGAACGACGUUGAUGUUUUGGCCUCUGUCAAGGACCUUGGCAAGGUUAUUGUGAAUGCCCCGGGCGUCAACGAUGAGGACUUGGAGAAGAAACUUCCCGCCACCUUCAAGCAGACCGUUGCCCAUCGUGGUAUUUCCGUCUUCGUUCUUGACUCGUCUGCCGUGGAAGAUUCGUCUCUGGAUGCUCUUGUUCUCCAGGCUUCGUUCGUGCGCGUCGCUCUGCCUGCCCAGGAGGAUCUGGCUACCAAGAAGCUGUCGGCGAUCACUGGCAAUGCCGAGGCCCUCGACAAUGUCACCAAGGAUCUCGAGAAGCUACUCCGCCAGAUCGAGGUGCCGGAGUCUUGGAAGGAGCCUGAGGGCAUUAGCGAGGCCGCUGAGCUCCCCAAGGACCUCACUGCCAACAGCUUCGUCUCCUUCGACAAGGACGAGUCCGAACCUACUACUUUCCUCAAGGACUGGGAGACAGCUGCCCGUGGCCUUGCAUUCAAGGAAGCCUAUGGCACCAAAACCGCCCUCCGUCCCGACCUUGCCCACAAGACUUACACUGUCCAUGUCAAGGAGAACCGCCGUCUCACCCCUCCCACCUAUGACCGUAACAUUUUCCACAUCGAGUUCGACCUCGGUGAGACUGGACUCAAGUACGACAUUGGUGAGGCUCUCGGUAUCCACGCCGAGAACGACCCAGAGGACAUCAAGAAGUUCAUCGAGUUCUACGGCUUGGACCCCGACGCGAUUGUCGAAGUUCCUAGCCGCGAGGACCCUGCCGUCCUUGAGAACCGCACUGUCUACCAGGCUCUUGUCCAGAACGUCGACAUCUACGGCCGUCCUCCCAAGCGCUUCUACGAGGCCCUCGCCGAGUUCGCUUCCGACGAGAAGGAGAAGACCGCCUUGCUCACCCUGGGAGGUCCCGACGGUGCCACCGAGUUCAAACGCCGCGCCGAGGUCGACACCGUCACCUUCGCCGACAUCCUGCUCGAGUACCCCUCCGCUCACCCCGAGUUCCACGACAUCGUCCGCAUCGUCGGACCCCUCAAGCGUCGCGAGUACUCCAUCGCCUCGUGCCAGAAGGUUACCCCCACUACCGUCGCUCUGAUGAUUGUCGCCGUGAACUGGGUCGACCCCAGCGGCCGCGACCGCUUCGGUCUGGCCACCCGCUUCCUGAGCCGCCUCCAAGUCGGCUCCCCCAUCACCGUCAGCGUCAAGUCCAGUGUCAUGAAGCUGCCCCCCAAGUCCACCCAGCCCCUCAUCAUGGCCGGUCUGGGUACCGGUCUGGCACCUUUCCGUGCCUUCGUCCAGCACCGCGCCCUCGAGAAGGCUCAGGGCAAGGAGAUCGGCGCCGUCCUGCUGUACAUGGGCUCUCGUCACCAGCGCGAGGAGUACUGCUACGGCGAGGAAUGGGAGGCCUACCAGGAGGCUGGUGUCAUCACUCUCCUCGGUGCUGCUUUCUCUCGUGACCAGCCUGAGAAGAUUUACAUCCAGGAUCGCAUGCGCCAGACUCUUCCUGAGAUCAUCCAGGCCUACAUCCGUGAGGAGGGUGCCUUCUACCUGUGCGGUCCCACUUGGCCUGUGCCUGAUGUCACCGCUGUCUUGGAGGAGGCUAUUGCCACUGAAGCCAAGAACAACGGAAAGAAGGUCGAGACUCGCAAGGAGAUUGAGAAGCUAAAGGACGAGGAGCGCUAUGUCCUGGAGGUCUACUAG